UCGGGGACUGGGCGGAGUGUGACCAGCUGCUGGGCUACAGGUUGUCCACGUUUUGCUGCAGAUCAUCCCCUCCUCCCAGCUGGAAGGAAAUGGCUGCAGUGGAGCUGACUAAGGAGUUGGUGACCUUCGAGGAGGUGGCUGUGCAUUUCACCCAGGGGGAAUGGGCACUGCUGGACCCCACUCAGAGAGCCCUCUACAGGGAUGUCAUGCAGGAGAACUAUGAGAAUGUGACCUCGCUGGGAUUACCAGUUUCCAAACCUGAUGUGAUCUCCCAUCUGGAACGAGGGGAUGAGCCUUGGGUCCCAGACCUCUACGACUCAGAGAAAAAAGUGCUCCCGAGAGCUGCCUGCACAGGGAGUGACCUAUGUCUGGAUUCAGUCUGUCUCCCAUCAGGUGUUAGGAUGGUGAGUGAGAAUGAGGAGACUCCCCAGCAGGAAGCUGCUGAGCAAGUAGAACCACAUGGGAUGUUAUCAGGAAGACCCAAAGGGAAUGUUUCCGGGAGUUGUGCACUCCCAGAAAAAGCAAAAGCCUGUGGGACUCAGCAGAGGCCAGAGGAAAACUUCAGUAGUCACUCAGACCUUAUCACACACGAGUGUGGGAAAAGCUUCAAUGGGAGCUCAGAACUUUUCAAACAUCAGGGAAUCUACAGAGGAGAGAGACCCUACAUGUGCUCUGAGUGUGGGAAAUGCUUCCAUCGGAGUUCACACCUUGUCUCACAUCAGACAAUCCACACGGGUGAGAAACCUUAUGGAUGCUCAGAGUGUGGGAAACGCUUCAAUAGGAGCUCAUACCUUAUCACACAUAGGAGAAUUCAUACAGGUGAGAAACCUUAUGGAUGCUCUGAAUGUGGGAAAUGCUUCAGUUGGAGCUAUGCCCUUAUCGCACAUCGGAGAAUCCACACAGGAGAGACACCCUACACAUGCUCUGAGUGUGGGAAAAGCUUUAAUCGGCACUCACAGCUUAUCACACAUUGUAGAAUCCACACAGGAGAGAAACCCUACCCGUGCUCUGAGUGCGGGAAAUGCUUCAGUCGGACAUCAGCCCUUAUCACACAUCGUAGAAUCCACACAGGAGAGAUGCCCUACACAUGCUCUGAAUGUGGGAAAAGCUUCAAUCAGAGUUCAAACCUUAUCUCACAUCGUAGAACCCACACAGGAGAGACGCCGUACACAUGCUCCGAGUGCGGGAAAUGCUUCAAACAGAGCUCUAGCUUGAGCAGACAUCAGAGAAUCCACAUAGGAGAGAGACCCUACAUGUGCUCUGAGUGCGGGAAAGCCUUCAUUGAGCGCUCAGACCUUGUCAGACAUUGUAAAAUCCACAAUGGAGAGAGAUCCUACACAUGCUCUGCAUGUGGGAAAAGCUUCAGUCAGAGGUCAUUCCCUAUUAGACACCAGAAAAUCCAAAUGGGAGAGAACUGUAAGAAAUGCCUUGAUUAGAGCAGCCCAAAGAUUGAUUUUUUUUAAAAAAAAAAUCACAUUUGGUAAUUCCAAUAUAGUGAUCUUUGCACCAUCUUCACCGUGGUUUCUCAGCUCUCCCAGAUGAGUUUCCUGGUUCUGCCUUUUGUAGCUCACUCUUCUCUGGGAUCAGUCCUGUGAUCUUUUCUAUCAACUCCUUCCUUUUUGAGUCGCAGGAGUGUGUGUCUCUCCAGCCAGGAAUGUUAAUCAGCUCCAGGUGGGAGAGAGGUUUGAUCCCAACAAGCUACACUGAUGCAAAAACUAUCUGUGCCUUACAUCCAGCAGGGCUGUAGAUGGUGUUGGCUGCUCAAGUUAGUGAUCUUGGUGUAAAAAGACAAUUAGAGUUGUAGAGCAGAUGCAGCCCAGGUGCAGUAAUUGGCAUUAGCUUUCCCCUUGACCUGACCUAAACUCCAUCACCUUUCCUAGUCUAAACAAACCCUGAGCAUCACGGUUAUACUCUUCCCCCAUUUCAAACCAAUUGUUAGUCAUGAAGUUUCCCCUUCAGGAAGGAAUUGUUUCAUUCCUAGUUGCUUUGAUGUUGCUUCAGGUUGUGCUGAAGAGCAGAUAUUUUUAUUACCAUUUUCUUCACUUAAAAUAUAUUGAACUAUAACAAAGCUAUGGUGAUCUGUGGCCCAUGUAAACUAUUUUUAGAACGUUGCUCCCUAAGUGGCAUUAAUCACACUUCUAAAAGAUGCCAUGAGUAAAUUGGGAACAACUGUCUUUUACCAUUUGGAUCCAAAGUCAGGUGAAGCACAGAGAGAAACAGCUGAUUCCUUCAGAGCCAUUCCAUGCCUAUGGGUCCCAAUCUGGCUGCCUUGUUGGACAAGGAGCACUUCCAUGCUGGGUAAAUUACGGUAGCCAAUGAGGGAAUGUAUCAGAUUCCAAGUUCAGACUGCAGGAUACAUGAAUGCUCAGUCCUGACUUUGUGGUUUGGUCUCUUAGUUUCCCUGUUGAGUCUUGUGCAUUUGUAUAAUUUCUCUGCCUCCUGCUACUUUGAAAGAUUAGAAAGUGUGAAAAUAGAGCACAGGUGGUUUUUCUCAUGAUACAAUCUUCCCAUGUAGUGUGAGACCCCUUCCACCUAUACUUCUGGGAGAAAACCAGGGAGAAAUGAACUCACAGAAAUGGAAGGCUCUUAGAAUGUAGAAUGUGACUUCACACAAAGCUCACUGGGUGGAAAUGGGAAUUAAGAGAAAACUGCCCUAUCGUUUUAUAUUUUGUAAUCUUUGAAUAAAUUGUUACCAGCGACAACUAAAUUAAACAUGAAGUUAACUAGUGUAAUGUAAGAGGCUGAUUCUGUGAUAACUUUCACUGUUACAAUAUGAUUCAGGUUUUCUUCUAGUUCUCUCUCUGCCCCCUCCUACUCUAUCGGAAAUGGUGGCUAAUUCUGAAAUUAAAACCUCACUCCAAAGGAAUUAGAGUGGAUGAAUAUGUGAGAGAAAUAGCAUGCAUGAGAAUAGAGACCCAGUAUAGACUGUAAUUAUUUUAUUACUAUUUCAAAUGGAAUUUAUUUUGAUAAAUUUUAAAAUAAAUCGUCUGUGGAGAAUAAAAUUACUUGAGACAA